GACUCUUUAAAAGUCUUCCAUAAUACAAUCCCAUCUAAUAUUACAUUACCACACAGGGAGGACUGCGUUUACACGUGCCGUGAACAUGCAUUUGCAGAUGUGAACUCUGCCACUUUUAGACUUUGCAAGACGACUCAGUCAGAUUUCAGGUUGUCGCGCACGGAAACACCGAAAAGUCUUCAAAUCAUGGCAAUCCUAAAACAUUUUACAACAGCAUGCUGGAGGAGUUUAGAAGGCGACCGGCUAAACACGCAGCUGUUCUUCAUUUUACGCGCCUUGCACAAAUCAGCCGCCAGCGAAGCUUUUCGGAUCUCCGCGGCUGGAGAAGAGGCCAUUCCUGAAAGAUUGAUCACACCGGCGGAUGUUGGCGAGAAACCCAGAAUCAUGACCCUGAAGGAGAUGCCUGGACCGAGCACCCUGGCAAAUUUGAUUGAGUUCUUCUGGAGAGACGGGUUUAGCAGAAUUCAUGAAAUUCAGAUGGAGCACAAGAAGAGAUAUGGCAAAAUUUUCAAAUCCCGUUUUGGGCCCCAGCUAGUAGUGUCUGUGGCAGACCGUGACCUGGUGGCUGAGGUGCUGAGGGCCGAGGGCGUGGCCCCUCAGAGAGCUAACAUGGAGUCCUGGAAGGAGUACAGAGACAUGAGAGGACGUUCCACUGGUCUCAUCUCAGCUGAGGGAGAAGAUUGGUUGAAGAUGCGGAGCGUGCUCAGGCAGCUCAUCAUGCGUCCCCGUGACGUAGCCGUUUUCUCUGAUGAUGUGAACCAAGUGGUUGAUGACUUGAUCAAGAGAGUUUGUAUUCUGAGCAGCCAAGGGCCUGAUGGAGCAACUGUCCUUAAUGUGAAUGACCUCUUCUUCAAAUACGCAAUGGAAGGUGUGGCAGCCAUUUUAUAUGAGUCCCGACUAGGAUGUCUGGAAAAUGAGAUUCCCCAGGAAACCCAAGACUACAUCAGUGCGCUGCACCUCAUGUUCAGCUCCUUCAAGACAACCAUGUAUGCUGGUGCCAUUCCCAAGUGGCUCCGACCUGUUUUCCCCAAACCGUGGGAGGAGUUCUGUCUCUCCUGGGACGGCCUCUUCAAAUUCAGCCGCAUUCAUGUUGAUAAGAGGCUGACAGAGAUAAAGGCCCGGCUGGAGCGGGGAGAGGAGGUGAAGGGGGGACUGCUCACACACAUGCUUAUCACCAAGGAGAUGAACAUGGAGGAGAUCUACGCCAACUUGACGGAGAUGCUACUGGCUGGAGUCGACACGACAUCCUUCACCCUUUCAUGGGCCAGCUACCUGUUAGCGCGGCAUCCUCAUGUACAGCAGCAAAUCUUUACGGAAGUGACACAGACUCUUGGACCUGGAACAGUUGCCUCAGCCGCUGAUGUCCCUCGUCUGCCUCUCAUCAGAGGGCUAGUCAAAGAGACUCUCAGGCUUUUUCCAGUUCUCCCUGGCAACGGACGGAUUACCCAGGAUGACUUGGUGGUGGGCGGAUACUUCAUCCCCAAAGGGACUCAGUUGGCUCUUUGUCACUACUCAACGUCGUUCGAUGAAGAGAAUUUCCCUGACGCUUCAGACUUCCGACCGGAUCGCUGGAUAAGGAAAGAUUCCACAGAUCGUGUCGACAACUUUGGCUCGAUUCCUUUUGGCUACGGCAUCAGGAGCUGCAUCGGCAGGAGAAUAGCAGAGUUAGAGAUGCAUCUAGUUCUCACAAGGCUCAUUCAAAGAUUCCACAUUAGCAUGUCUCCUCUCACUGCUGAUGUCACGGCCAAAACUCAUGGCCUACUGUGCCCUGCUGCCCCUAUCCACCUGCAGUUCAUCGACAGGGAAAAGUAAACGCGGACUCCUCUCCACAAGGUCUACUGUACUGUAUGUUUUUAAAGCUCUGAUUCAUUAUUAGUUUUUUUUUUUUUAAUACACUGCCUUUAGUACAUCUUCCACUGUUAUGUUGUGAAUACUGAGCUGAGACUGAGGUUUUACUCAGGCAAGAAAUGUGUCUUAUCUCCUGUUUGUUGGUGAGGAGGACACAGAAUUGGACCACUAAUGUAAAGAUAAAAAGUUGUUCUAGGAAGUGUAUUAAUUGUACGUGGUGAAAACCACUGCAGUUUAGACUGUUACAUCUUCCAUUCAGUCUAUUCAAAAUAGUGAGUGAAAACAUGAACUAUACUCUAUGUACUCAAACUGUAUUUUAUGUUAAUGUGCAUAUCUGUGUGUAAUAAUUUGUGCUACCGCAUUAAUACAUAAUCACACUGUUUCCUCCCUUAGUUUAAGAGAGCAAUUCACUGAGAAUGUCGAUGGGCAACGAUGAAUGUACUGAAAAUGAGCUGUUUUAAGAAGUACAGUUUGUAUAUAAUAAGCUUUAUUUUAAGAUUGUGUGUUGUCCUUGUUGCAAGCCAAAACAUUGUUGCAGGUAGUUUUUUUGUCCAGUCUAUGUAAGAAAAUUUAAUUACUCAAGUGGCAUUACGUGAUUUUAAUCUAUGCACUGUAUAUUCAGGACACGUUAAAUACACAGUAAACAGAAAAAAAACAGUUUUUAGUAUUUUUUAAAUAUAAAUAUAGAGUUCUAGGGAAAAAAGCUUUUCGCUUUUUAAACUAAAAAGAAAUUUAAUCAUCCUUUGAGUUAGACCUAAUGAAUGAACCGUUAUAAACUUAAUUAAUUAAAAAGUAGACUAUUUGCUCAACUAAUGAAAUGUUUCUAUUUUUUCACACUUUAUAUUUGGAUCACAAUGUUUUCUGUGUUUCUGGUUUAUAUGUUGUUUGUGUGAAAACAAGUAUUUCACAAGAAAGUUGGAUACAUUAUGAUUUCACUAAGAGGGAUAGUGUAGGUUACAGAAGUGUUUUGCAAGGUGGAAGAGACAAGUUGUUGAGGUGCGCUAUUAUGAAGGAUUCCACUGGUUUGCAUGGAGGAAAAUGGAAACUUUUUUUAUCUUUGUAUUUAUCUUCUCUUUUGUCUUUCUGUACCUUUUUACUUUAGUCCCAGUGAAACUGGGAAACAAUAAAAAUGAUCUAAUUAUUAUUUUAAA